AUGCCGAAAAAUUUUACUCUCCCGACCGCACUGGAACCAUACAAAGGGUUCGGCGACCCCCGAGCCCACAUAAAGAAAUUCCAGUCAAUGAUGUUUUUCAACGGCCCUAAGAACGAGCCCGUCCUUUGCCGAGCAUUCCCAACCUACCUCGACGGUGCUGCAUUGCUCUGGUUCUCCAAACUCCCUGAAGGAUCAAUUUCCUCUUUUGAAGAUCUUGCCAGAUCAUUCAUCGAUUACUUUGCCGCGUCAAGAAUCUAUGUGCACGGAUCGGACUAUCUCGGCACCAUCAAGCAAGGCCAGCAUGAGAGCCUGAAAGACUACCUGACCAGGUUCGCUGACGCCACCAUGGAGAUCCAAGACUUGGACCCAGCCGUUCACCUGCACGCCCUCAAAGCCGGACUCAGACCUGGUAAAUUCCGGGAAACCAUCGCCAUAACAAAACCAAAGACCCUGGAGGAGUUCCGAGAAAGGGCCGCAGGUCAAAUGGAAAUCGAAGAACUCCGAGAAGCCCAGAAAUCAGACAAACAACCACACCGGAGAGAUGAGGAAAGGCCCUUUAGAUCUCCAGGCAAUAGGGACACAAAGAAACCUCUUAAGCCAGCGUCAAAGUACAACACAUACACCAGAUUCAACACCAGAAGAGAAAACAUCAUCAGAGAAAUUCUCAACGCCAAAAUCAUAAAACCACCAGCCCGAGCAGGGAACUACCAGGAUCAACGAUUCGUGGACAAGACAAAACAUUGUGCCUUCCACCAGAAGUUCGGUCAUACCACAGAUGACUGCAUCGUCGCGAAGGACCUCCUGGAAAGACUAGCACGCCAAGGUCUCCUGGACAAGUACAUCGAGACCCGGAAGGGCAAAGGAGGAAACUCGGACAGGGCAGAGCAUAAGCAAGCAACGGCUGACGACAAAAAAGAGAGGAUCGCUCCUGAUCCGCCAUGA